CAAUAACCCACAGCCAAAGGUAGUGUUUGGACCUGUUGGUUGUGGAGGGGAUGAAAAUAAUCAAGGAGUUGCUGCUUUUGGCUGUUAUUUAGUUAUCAACUCCUUCAAUCUUCUUCAUAACUGAUUGUUCUAAAGAUGGGUACCUCUAAUCUUCUUCAAUCUUCAUUUACCCAUCAAUCUCUUCUUCUUAACCCUUCUUCUUCUUUCAAUUCUCAACCAUUCUUAUUUUGUUCCCAAAUACAGAAGAAUGUUAACAAGAAACCCAGAUUAGUAACCAUGGCUUCAAUUCACCAUGAAAACCCAAAUGAGAGUAAUUACUCUAAGAGAAGAACUGUUUUGCUUUUGGGGAUUUCAGCUCUUCCAUUUUUGCAACUCAAAGCAAGGGCUGAUGCUGCUGAAGCAGGUGAUAUUAUUGUGCCAGGAGAGAACCAAAAUGUGGAGGAACUAAAUCAAGGAGACGCGCCAGGAAAUCCGUUUCUAUCUCUUUUAAACGCUGUCGGUAUAAUGGGUACAGGUGUUCUUGGGGCACUGAACAUAUUAGGACAGCAGGAAAAAACAACCGCAGAAGCAACGAUUAAAACUCUGGAGAACAAACUGAUAGAAAAAGAAGCAUUAAAGGAUACACUAGAGAAGAAUUUCGAGAAGAAGCUUCUUAAUGAAAAGGAAGAAAGAGCGUAUCAGAUGAAAAAGGCAGAGGAGGAACGGUUCUCUUUAUCAAGUCAAUUAAGUUCAGCAAAAAUUACAAUAUCAGGCUUGCAGAAGGAGCUUCAAACUGAGAAAAAGCUUGUUGAGGAGCUUCAAGUUCAGAUAGAUAGACUUCAGAAUGGACUUAAUAAAGCUGCGGAAGAAAAGAAUCUGCUGGAAAAGAAUUUAAAGGAGAAGGUCGACUUGGUUGAUGCUUUGCAGGAUAGGAUAAAUUUAAUCACCUUAGAGAUCAAUGAUAAACAAACUCAUCUUCAGAAACUAGAAUCUGCACUUGCUGACAAGGAAUCAGAGUUUAAGGAUUUGGGUUUUGUUUACAUCCAAGCUAAGGCAGAGCUUGCAGAAGCUAAUGCCAACAUUAAAGUGUUGAAUGAGACGAUUCUCAAGACUCAAAAGGAGCUGGAUUUGAAAUACUCCACAGUGAAUGAUCUGAAUGCAAAAAUAACUGCUUUGGUUGGAGAAAAAGAUGAUGUUAGUCAAAGAUUUGAAUCUGUUCAAGAAGAUUAUCACAAUCUGAAAAUAUCUUCCGAAAAGAAAGCAGCCUUGGAUGCUGAUCUCUUGGCAAAAAGAGAGCAUGAACUUGACCAACUGCAAGAAAAACUUGGAGUUGCUUUGCAAGAUGCGAGUAACAAAGACAUAUUGGUUUCCGAUUUAACCCAAGAAAAAGAGAAUUUGGUGAAAAUGCUGAAACUUGAAGCCAAGCUUGUUGCAACGCUAAGAAACGAGCUGCAGGUCACAGAGGAAGCACUACGGAUAUCCAAGGUUGAAGCUUCAGAUUUGUCGGAACUACUACAACAAUCACAAAAGUCAUGCGAAGACCUCUCUUCAGAAAUUUCUAAGAAGCAAGCGGAAUUUGAUGAAACUAGUAAAAUAUUAAAGAAAAAUCUUGAGGAUGCGAGAUCAAAUUCAGAAUUCCUGUCAAAUGAACUAGCUUCAGUCAAGACAGCGCUGAAGAAAACCAAAGAAGAAUCUCGAAGUGUGUCCGAAGAGCUAAAAUCUGCGAUAGAAACUCGUGAAGAAUUACAGAAGGAACUGAUUGAAGCUUACAAAAAAGCAGAAAAUUCGGCCCGUAAUUUGGAAGCAGAAAGAAAUACCAUUUCUUCUUUAAAGAAAGAACUCGAAACAUCAGAGAAGCAAGCCGCGAGUGUUCGAGAGUCAAGGAAGACUCUUGAAACUGACUUAGAGAAGGCCACAAAAGCACUCGAAGAAAUCAAUAAGAACAUAUUAAUUCUAUCGAAAGAACUCGAUGUUGCUAAUUCGACAGUUUCUAACCUCGAAGCUGAUAAGGAAACACUCUACAAGGCACUGAUGGAGCAGAAAAACAUUUCCAGUGAAGUUAGGGAAAAUGUUGAAGAUGCCCACAACCUCAUCAUGAGACUUGGACAAGAAAGAGAAAGUUUGGAAAAGAGAGUGAAAAAACUUGACGAUGAACUAGGGUCAGCUAAGGGUGAACUAUUGCUACUACGGGAUCAAAUAAACACAUCAAAAACUCUUAGUGAAAAUGGAAAAGAGAGUAACAAAACUGAAGGAAAUGCAACCGUUGCUGUGAAGAAAAUCACCAGGAGAAGAAAAAAAGCUGAUCCUUUGUCAGAAACCUCCAAAUAAAUUAGUAAAACUACAUACAUUCCUUUUGCUUUUCCCGGUUCAUCAUGUCGUGCAAUUUUUUAUUUGUUUAUUGUUGUCCAAUGUGUGGGAAGCAAUUUUUUUCUUUUUGGGCUACUUGCGUUUCCCCUGCCAACAUCGCUAAUUUGCGUUUCCUCCCAAAAAAAAAAUGAAAUUAGUGUUUCCUUCUAUA